CAACUCAAUGAAUAUAUUGCGGUCUGUUGAACGAUCGCGACCCAGAAGGUCCAUAAACAUACAGAAGUUAAGGUGGUACUGUAAGCUCAAACUGGUAACUCGUCAUUUCAUCACUUUCAGGAAAUACGUCGGCUACGAGUUAUCAAGAUGUCAGUAUCAAAUUCUUUCAUAGUGGCAGUGCUAUGCUGUCAUCUCUUGCUUGUCUAUGCAAAACCGCUGGAAGACAGCAAAAAAGAAGCUGCUGACGAGAGUGACGUCCCUGCAUUUGCCGAAGGAAAAUUUACGAGAUCCGUAGAGAAUGAUCCACAAUACUGGAAAGGACGUUUCUCUGACUUUGAGGGUGAUUUAAACGAUCCUCAGUAUUGGAAGGGUCGGUUUAGUCAUGACCAAUACUGGCGAGGUCGUUUCGCCGAUACUGGAUCUGACAUGGAUAAGAGAGAGCCUCAGUAUUGGAAGGGCCGAUUCAGUAGAGAAGAGGAGGAACAUCAGCUGCGGUCUGCAGUCCCUGGACGCUUUGGAAGGAAUUUCCAAGGUCGCUUCGGAAGGAAUUUCCAAGGCCGUUUUGGGAGGAAUUUUCAAGGCCGCUUCGGGCGUGAAAUGCAGGGCCGUUUCGGCCGUGAGGAAAUGCAAGGCCGAUUUGGCAGAGAGGAUCUCCAAGGUCGAUUUGGACGAGAAGAAGAAGACCAGGGUCGUUUCGGACGUGACUUCAUCCAGGGUCGUUUUGGACGAGAGGAGCAAGGUCGCUUCGGACGGGAAUACGAUCAGGGCCGUUUUGGUCGUGAUUCCAUCCAGGGCCGAUUUGGAAGAGAAGAACUUGACCAAGGGCGAUUUGGACGCGAAGAACUUGACCAGGGGCGAUUUGGACGGGACGAAAUUUUGGAGGAUGAAGAUCAAGGACGAUUUGGUCGCGAAGAGGACAGCGAUGAUCUCCUUGUAAAGUUAGAGAAUAAACUGGGGGAAGACUACGAUGCCAGACGUGAAGUUGUAAGCAGUCUAGACGAAUCCAAGGAUGAAACCUCGGAAUCUUAACAAUGGAAUUAUUUGGAAUUUGAAUAAAAUAGGAGAAGAGAGCAAGAGUUCUAUAAAACUUUACCACAGCUGCAUAAAAAUAUCAUUUAAAGUAGAAGAAUGUUAUUUCUUGGGACAUAUACAAGUUAAUUGCACUCUCGCGGUGAUUCUCACAUGUUUUCAUUUCAUUGUAAAAACCACUCUUGUGCACGGGCAGAUUUCAAAUGUGAGGUAGGCGUUUCUUUCACCAAAAUCAUUCUACAGAUAUCAGUUAAGUAUAAACUUGUUAAUGCUACGUAGUUUUAAAGAGAGUGAAACAAGUUAAGUUUGAGUAAAUCUAGAUUACGAGUGAAUUGAAGAGAUCAAUAAACUACGAAAUACAUCGGUGUGUGAAAAUGAA